CACAGACUCUCCCACUUCUGUGACUUUCCCUAUGGAUACCUGGUUGAGAUGGUCGUACGCAGCAGAGCGAAAGGCUUAUAGCUGUCAGACAAGCAUUUAAGCAAAAUGGUUUUACAGCUGAAAGGUAUUUAAAUCACCGAAGAUGGAAACCAUCUAUUUGUUUUUGUUGAAGGCAAUGUCAUGCUAGCAUCAUCUCAACAACACCGCGAAGAAGUAAAACGCACAUAAAGGACAUCACCAGUUUCCCAACUUAAACCAGAGUGAACAAUGGGGAAAGGAUAUUACAUCAGCAAACAUCUGGCCACUGCAGCCAUGGUGCUGGCCGCAAUAGCCUUGGUGACCAUCAUUGCAUUAUCAGUGGUUUACAAUCGAGAAAAGUCCAAAAACGCAGCAAAAUUCACCAACGCAACUACAUCGCCAGUAUCUCCCACCCCGAAGACUUCCAACGAAGCCUGGGACAAAUACAGACUGCCUGAUACUCUGUCUCCAGAGUACUACAAUGUGACUCUUUGGCCCCGUUUGGUGAGGAACGCCAAUGAGAUGUAUAUUUUCACUGGCAUCUCUGGAGUGAUGUUUACUUGUGUGAAGAAGACAGACCUGAUAUUAAUUCACUCCAACAAGCUGAACUUGACUCUUUUUAAGGGGCACCAUGCAAAACUCACGGGUUUGAGCGGUGUAACGGCUCCGGCCAUAAAGACAACCUGGUUUCAGAUGGAAACUCAUUACCUGGUAAUUCAACUGGAGGGAAAACUGAAGCCUGGCAAGUCCUAUUGGCUCUACACAGAGUUCACAGGAGAGCUUGCUGAUGAUCUGGAGGGUUUCUACAGGAGUGAAUACAUGGAAGAUGGGGAAAAAAAAAUUAUUGCCAUCACUCAGAUGCAGGCCACUUACGCUAGAAAAGCUUUCCCGUGUUUCGAUGAACCUGGCAUGAAAGCUGUGUUUCAUAUCACUCUCAUCCAUGACCUGGAAAUGACAGCACUGUCAAACAGCCAAGAAAUUAAAACAGAAAAUGUCAUCAUCGAUGGAACGAAAAUUACCAGAACGAUAUUUGGACCCACAAAGAAGAUGUCAACAUAUCUCGUCGCGUUUGUUGUCAGUGAUUUCAAGUACAUCAAUGCUAAAGACAAGAAGGGAAUUUUGGUAAGAAUAUGGGCAAGAAAAAAAGCCAUUGAUGAUGGGCAAGGCGACUAUGCGCUCAAAAUCACUCAGCCAAUACUGGAGUUCUUUGAGAAAUAUUACAACACUAGCUAUCCGCUUUCUAAGUCAGACCAGAUUGCAUUGCCUGACUUCAACUCAGGAGCCAUGGAAAACUGGGGUCUUGUCACUUAUAGAGAGACGGCUCUUCUAUACGAUCCGCGGACGUCUGCCAAUGGCAACAAGCAGAGGAUUGUGACUGUUGUUUCUCACGAGCUGGCUCACAUGUGGUUUGGAAACCUUGUGACGCUGAAAUGGUGGAAUGAUCUCUGGCUGAACGAGGGAUUCGCUUCAUACGUGGAGUAUCUGGGCGCUGAUUAUGCUGAGCCCACCUGGAACAUGAAAGACCAGAUGAUUCUUUAUGACCUGCAAAGAGCGUUUGCUGUGGAUAGCUUGACUUCCUCUCACCCCCUCUCCCGAAAGGAGGAAGAGGUCAACACACCCUCAGAAAUCAGCGAAAUGUUCAACACCAUAUCCUACAGCAAGGGAGCCGCAGUGCUUAAAAUGCUCUCUGAAUUCCUGACAGAGCCGGUGUUUGCCAAAGGACUUGGUACUUAUCUGAAGCAGUUUGCUUUUGGAAGCUCAGUGCAUUCAGAUCUCUGGGACCAUCUUCAAAAGGCAUUAGAUCUAACUCCAGGAGUGAAACUACCGUAUAGUGUUCAUGAGAUCAUGAACCGCUGGAUACUACAGAUGGGUUUCCCAGUAAUCACUAUCGACACUCGAACAGGGAACGUCAGCCAAAAGCACUUUCUUCUAGAUCCUGAAGCAGUGGUGGAUAGGAAAUCUGAAUUCAAUUAUGAAUGGUUUGUACCCAUCAAAUGGAUGAAGAAACACCAGGUGCAGGAUCAGCUGUGGCUUCUUCAGAAAUCAGCUCUACACAACCCCAUGAAAGUCAGCAAAAAUGAAUGGGUGCUGGCCAACCUCCAUGUGUCAGGUUACUUCAGAGUGAACUACGACCUUGGGAACUGGGAGCGACUUCUCAGCCAACUGGAGUCCGAUCACCAGGCGAUACCUGUGGUAAACAGAGCUCAGAUUCUGGAUGAUGCAUUUAAUCUGGCAAGAGCAUCCAUUAUAAACAUAACGUUUGCUUUGAGAACAACUAAAUAUCUCUUGCAUGAGCGGGAAUACAUUCCAUGGGAGGCGGCGCUUCGAAAUCUGAACUAUUUUUUCCAGUUGUUUGAUCGCAGUGAAGUUUAUGGUGCCAUCCAGGCUUAUCUUAAGAAACAAGUCAAACCGCUAUUUGAAUAUUUUGGGACUAUCAGCUCAAACUGGACAACAGUUCCCUCUGGCCACACUGAUCAGUUCACACAGAUCAUUGCGCUGUCUCUAGCCUGCAGUACCGGCGUAGAGGGAUGCAGAGAACUAACCAGGAGCUGGUUCAAAAAAUGGAUGCAGAAUCCUCAUAACAACGCGAUUCAUCCCAACCUGAGGUCGACGGUGUACUGUGACGCCAUCGCUGCAGGUGGUGCAGAAGAGUGGAAUUUUGGCUGGCAGAUGUUCCAGAAGGCCACAGUCGCAGCUGAAGCUGUCAAACUGAGAUCGGCUCUGGCCUGCACCAAAGUGCCCUGGUUACUGAACAGGUACCUGGAAUACACUAUGAACCCAGAAAAGAUACGCAAACAGGACGCCACUUCUACCAUUGGGUACAUUGCCAGUAAUAUCAUUGGCCAACCUUUGGCAUGGGACUUUAUCCGGGCAAACUGGGACUAUUUCUUCAAAGCGUACGGCACUGGAUCAUUCACUUUCUCCAGAUUAAUUAGUGACGUCACCUAUAGAUUCUGCACACCAUUUGAACUCAGUCAGUUGAAACGCUUCCAAAAGGACAACGCUGAGACCGGAUUCGGCUCGGGAACUCAAGCGCUGCAGCAGGCCAUCGAGAAGACAAGAGCCAAGAUUAAGUGGCUGGCGGAGAACAAGGAACCGGUUCUGCAGUGGUUCCUCUCAGAAUCAGAGUAAAACUCACAUCUGUGUGCCGUGAGAUCAGAGACGGCUCACAUGAAUUCAUCAUCCUGUAACCUGAUGGAAUGAAAAUGAAUGGAUGCUAACAGCUUUUUGGCAGGAUGUUUUUACCCAAGGAGCAGCCCUCCUGAAGUAACCAGAGAAAUGUCUUGCUCAAGGACACAACAGCACUCUGAUAUUUAACCACUAGAUCACAUCACUCGGAUACAAAUGAGGAUGGAUUUACUUAAGAGACUAUACAAAAUACACUGACAAUGGAUCCCUCAGUAUUGAAAAAGCAGGGAGCCUGAUUCAGAAUUUGUGUAUAAUUAGUGGUGUUGCUAUGUCAAGCAUCACUAUUAUUAUUGUUAUUGCUCAUACUCAUACUCAUCCUGCACAAUUUCUGUUAUGGACAUCAUUGAUACCUCAAAUCAUGCAGGUUGUUCAGAAGAGGUUUGCUAUACAUUUCUAAGCACUUGGAGUGGACUUCAUAGACUUACAUGUAAUCCAAGCCAAUCGUAUAGCUAUGCGCACUCAAAAACAAUUGUGUAUGGGCAACCACACUCAUAUUUUCUUAAUUAAAUGUAAAAUUCUAUUUAGAGUUUUAAUGUUAACUUGCUAUUAUUGACUGGAUUUUGCAUUUUUGUAAAUAUGCGGCCAUUAAAAAGUACAAACAUACACUACAGCUCAAAAUUUUGGGGUCAGUAAGUUUUUUUUAAUUUUUUUAAAAAAAGAAAUUAAGGGCCAGAUUUAUUAAGAGCUUGCGCCAGCGCAAACUGUCUUUUGGCGUUAACAUACUGUAGUAGUACUUUCAGAAUUUACUAAAGACACGCAGUGAAGAAUUAGCACUGAAAAAGCGUGGACACAGUUAUUUUUGCACCUGACCUUACUGAAUAUGCAUUUGUAGGAGUUUCCCUUUCAAACGCAAAAUUUAUGGGAGGAGGGUAUUCAAAUUAAUCACGCAACGCGAUUUACUAACGUUUGCGCUCGUCAAAUUACUGGUAUUUGCGCCAAUAUUUAACGGCCAAAACAAGCAAAAAAGCGCUGCUCUUGAUUGCCAUUAUGGAAAUAAUCUGGCUGCGUCUGUGUUCUUUAAUGUGCACAUUGUUAGUAAAUCACCCACAGAAUUUUUUCCCCUCCUAUCGGCACUUUUAUGGAAUUGCGCUCUAACGCUAAUUUGCCAUGUUUAGUAAAUCUGGCAUUAAUACUUCUAUUCAGCAAGUGAAAUAAACUAAUCAAAGUGACAGUGAAGACGUUUAAAAUAAGUGCUGUUCUUCUGAACGUUAUAUUCAAUACCCUGAAAAAAAAUCAUGUUUUCAAAAAAAAAAAAAAAAAAUUAAGCAUCAAGACUGUUUUCGACAUUGUUAAUAAUCAAAUAUGUUACCUGAGCUGCUAAAAAUUCAGCUUUUCCAUCAGAGGAAUCAAUUACAUUUUAUAAUAUAUUAAAAUGGAAAAUAGUUAUUUUAAAUUGUAAUAAUAUUUCACAGUUUUACUGUAUUUUUAAUCAAAUAAAUGUAGCCUUGGUGGAACUUUUUACUGACCACAAACUUUUAAAUGGUGGUUGUGGUAGGAGGUAACUGUUUUCUAAGGCCUUUUUUUGAUACCUGUACAUCUGUCUUUUUUCUCUUAAAUAAAUAAGUUGCAGAAACAUUUUGAAAUCAUUA